UUAAAAAGGAAACAAAUCAAAGAUUUUGGAAUGGGUUCGAACGAGGUUGGGUUAUCAGGGGCAGGAUCACGACGGCUGGAGACGUUGGCUCGGCAUUUCCGCCCUCACAAACCACCACCACCGCAAGAUGCUGCUGGCUUUUCCAGGCGGGCUGCGGUUCUGGUAUGUCUUUUCGAAGGCGAACAUGGCGAUCUGCGCGUAAUUCUCACCAAGCAAGCCUCGACAAUCUCCUCUUAUUCGGGCGAGGUUUCGCUGCCGGGUGGGAAAGUGGAGGAAGGUGAUGCAGAUUAUGUUGACACGGCCUUGCGUGAAGCUAAGGAGGAGAUUGGCUUGGAUCCUUCUCAAGUCACUGUUGUAACUGUUCUUGAACAUUUCUUUGUGCAGAGUGAUGUGCUAGGGGUUCCUGUAAUAGGCUUACUGUCUAACAAGAAGGCGUUCAAUCCAGCUCCAAAUACAGCAGAAGUGGAAGCAAUAUUUGACGCUCCCUUAGAAAUGUUUCUCGAGGACGAGAACCGAAGAGCGGAGGAGGCAGAAUGGCAGGGAGAAGAGUUCAUAUGCAAUUUCUCCGACUUCAAAGCAGAUAACAAGAAUUAUGUCAUAUGGGCUUUGACUGCCGUAAUUUUGAUCACGGCCGCCUCGCUUGUGUACCAGAGGCCGCCUGCGCUCCCCGAGCGAAGACCGAAAAUCUGGAGCAGAGGCGCUGCUAGACAAGCUUCAAUGCUAUAAAUUCGUUCAUUCAAAGUCAGCUCAUCAUGUAAUUGUUGAAUCCUAUACCAACAGCCACUGACUUUUCCAAGUAAAAUGCUGCUUUCAAUGUUUCUAUAUUUGUCCAUAACGAUACUGUAGUCUACUACCUUAAAUUCAAGGCGAAAAUGUAAUUGGUUUUUGUAUCUUGAUAAUUCACCCUUUUUGUAACACAAAAUUGAAUUGGUAUUUCUCAAAUCUUUGUAUGAGAUGAAAAUCAACAAAUGUGCCUCCUCAAUUUAGGUG